CAGGAGGAGAUGUCCGCAGCCGCCUUCCUGGCGGCGGUGAAGGCGAGGUUAGUGGAGUGGGGGAAGGUGGACCUGUACCACGAGUUCGUGAUGUCCCUCUCGGGGACCGUCGACGCCAAGGCGGCGGUCAGGAUCCUGCGCGGCCACGACGAUCUGCUCUCCGUCUUCCGCAGCAAGUUCGCGCCCAAGUCCGACCUCAUCGCCAUCAAGGCGGAGCUGAGGGAGGAGGACGAGAAGGAGGAGGCGCCCCGGCCGCCCCCGGGCCCUCCCAGGAGGGGCGCGAAGGCGGAGCCUGGCGGGGCGCCCCUCACCCCGGCAGGCGGCGGCGUGAAGCGGGAGCUCGGCGGGCCCCGCCCGCCCGACGGGCCCAGGCCGCCGGCCGGGCCGCCGGGCGUCAAGAAGGAGAUGGUCAAGUCGGAGGUCAAACGAGAAGCCGUGGCACCGAAGCCUCCGAAGCAUGACCCGAACGCGCUCCGGGGUACGGUGACCAUCGGCGACGAGAGCGAGAGCGAGGACGAGGAGGUCCACGGCGAGGCGUCUGUGGCCGCGGCGGUGCGGAAGGGCCGCAACGAGUGCAUCGCCCAGCUCUCCAAGAUCCUCUUUCGCAGGGAGCGGGGCCACGGCGAGGGCGCGCGCCAGCGCCUGACGAUGGUGCGCUACGCGACGAGGGUCGCGUCGAGGCCCAGGUUCCCCCGGGAGCUCUUCAUCUUGCGCGGCCCGCCCGGCGUGGGCAAGACGGAGUACGCGCUGCUGCAGCUGCAGGACUACGCAGAGUGGGAGCGCGACGAGGAGUUCGCCGCGAGGUUGUCGCACGUCUGUGCUGCCGACGACUUCUUCGAGGAGCUCAGCGGCACCGGCACGGUGUACAAGUUUGCCCCGGCCCGGCUGGAGGCGUACCACCGCAGGAACGAGGCGCGGGUGCGACUCGCGAUGGAGGCCGGCGUGCACCCGCUGUUCGUGGAUUGCGCGCACCUGCGGCUGUGGGAGAUGGCGCCGUACUUGCUGCUGGCGGACCGCCUGGGCUACGUUGCCACGGUUGUGGAGCCGCAGGACAUUUGCCAGAAGUGGGACGACGUGGACCACCUUCUCACCGCCAACAGCACCGCGGACCGCACCGGGGUGGGCAAGAUGGGCCCCGACCGGGGCCAGCUGCAUGCCAUGCUGCGCGCCUUCGAGCCCCUGCCCCUGGUGGAGGAUCCCUUGCUCGCCGUCCGCCUCGCCGUGCGGCCGGCGGGCCCGCGGGCCGUCGACGCCCGGCUGCCGCCGCCCGGCCCGUCGUCGACGCCGUCGCGGGCGCCAUCGCAGCACGGGGGUGCCGCGGGCGUGCUGCGGGUCAAGGCGGAGGCGGCGGAGGCCGAGGGCGGGGGCUCGGGGCGGGGCCGCGCAGGGGCGCCGUCCACGGCGGCCGCCGGCAUCGAGUGGCACUGACGCUGGCGGCGCUGCGCGAGCAUUGUAGAUCUUCGCGUGCUGAUUCGUCUCUCGAAGUGCCGUGCA